AUGGCUGGGUAUGACAACGUCAUUCACAACGUGACGUUUGGUCGGGCCGUGAUGAGACACGAGGAGGAUGAAGAGCGAAGUCUGAUGGGACAGGGCAGGACUAGUGCAUGGGCUGAUCGACGGGUGAUGGGGGAUCAGUCGGACCAAGCAGGGUCGGGAGGUCAUGGCUCAACCGCUUUUCCGAGCAGAGCUGAUUUCGGGCCUACUCCUAGCCGAGCCGAUUUCGGGCAUGGGGAUGGGCAUGCUGGUCGUGACAAGGGCGACUGGCAGAUGGAGAGGGAAGGACCGUGA